AGGGGGAUACCGAAGAGCGGGAGGACUGGUGGCGGCGGCGGCGGCGGUCCCGCAGGCGGGAGCGGUUGGAGAAUUUUGUCCUCGCCAACAGUCCCACCUCCUUCUCAUCAGAGCCUGUGCCCUUGGAACAGGCCAUGGCAAGCCGCGGUGGAGCUGGCACGGCCAAACGGGCCAGCUGCCGGGAACAAGAUCUGUCAGUUCAAAUUGGUUCUUCUGGGCGAGUCAGCUGUUGGGAAGUCCAGCCUAGUCUUGCGCUUCGUGAAAGGGACAGUUCCUGAGUACCAGGAGAGCACAAUUGGAGCUGCUUUCCUCACACAGACCAUUUGCCUAGAUGACACAACGGUCAAGUUUGAGAUUUGGGAUACAGCUGGGCAGGAGCGCUACCACAGUCUGGCACCCAUGUAUUACCGGGGUGCCCAAGCAGCCAUUGUUGUCUACUGCUUCCUUCUUGUAGGACCCUUUGUACGAGCCAAGAACUGGGUGAAGGAACUGCAGCGGCAAGCCAGCUCUAACAUAGUCAUUGCCCUGGCAGGGAACAAGGCUGACUUGGCCAGCAAGCGAGCUGUUGACUUCCAGGAAGCUCAGUCCUAUGCAGAGGACAACAGCUUGCUGUUUAUGGAGACAUCCGCAAAGACGGCAAUGAAUGUGAAUGAGACCUUCAUGGCGAUAGCCAAGAAGCUCCCCAAAAACGAACCGCAGUGCCCAACGGGAACAGCAGAGAACCGAGGUGUCGACCUCCAGGAGGGUAGCCAACCCAGCAAGGGGUCGUGUUGCAACUGAAGGGGCCACACUGCCUGCCCCUCUGGGCGGCCCCAACUGGAAUGCGCCUGAACCAAUCGCACUUACGGAAGAACAGCUGCCAGGAUCCCUCUUCUUCCCACCUCUUCCCAAUCCCCCCCUUUUUGCUGCUGUGUCUCCUCCCCUCUUCUUUCCCUCUGGUUGCAGAAUGGAGGGAGCAAGAAUCACCUCCCCCUCUUCUGUACAAAUGAUGAAUUCAUCUUUUAAAAAAUAGUCUUAGUCACCUUUUUUUAAAAAAAAAAGAAGAGGAGCAAAAACACACAAAGGAACUGUGGCACAACCUCUUUGACCACUCUUCAUGGGUAGGUGAUGUGCAUUUCCAGAGCUUUGGCCUCUCCUAUCUCUGCCUUUCCUUUCCUUUUUCUGAAGGGUUCUUACAGCCUCGUAUUUGCUCACAGCCGCUUGGAAGGAAGACCUGCCUUACUUCAACCAGAAGUGACUUUUGGAACACCUGCUUGGUGAUUCUAAGCCACUUCCACCUGUAGGGCUUAACCCUAAAGAAAAUGUGGUUGCCGUAGGCCGGGGAAGGCACUCAAGAGUUGUAUGCUGGCAGAUCGACAACUCCCCGGGCUUCCUUGGUAUAGAUACGGUAUAGACUUGCUCUAUAAAAAGCAAGUACUGUAACGAAACACACAGGUAACCACUAAA